AUGAUGACCAAGUCGCGCUUCCGCUCGUGGCCAAUCACCGAGACUGGUGCACUUGAGCCGUCGCUGCAGGCGAUGGGUCUCCGCGUGCCGGCCUCCGAGAUCGAUGGGACGAGCACGGACAAGGCGUGCCUCUCGGACGCUCUUGUCAGUGUCGGCCCAGCCGGCCGCGGCGGGACCGGCUCCUUCAUCAGCGAGAGCGGCCUCAUCAUCACCAACCACCACGUGGCGCUCGACGCGGUGCGGCGCGCCUCGACGGCGGGCAAGGACCUCCUCGCGGACGGCUUCGUCGCGCGCUCGAUGGCGGAUGAGAUCGCCGACGCCGACUACGAGGAGCUGGCGAGGGAGGCGGAGGCGGGCGGCGCGGGGGGAGAGUCGUCGGUGCGGUGCGAGGUGCAGGAGAUGUGGCCCGACCGGACGUACGUCCUCUUCACGUACGAGAGGCUGCGGGACGUGCGGCUCGUCUACGCGCCUCCGAUGUCCCUCGGCUGCUUCGGCGGCGACACCGACAACUUCGAGUGGCCCCGCCACACGGCAGACUUUACGCUGCUGCGCGCGUACGUCGCUCCCGACGGCUCCGCCGCCGAGCACUCGCCGGACAACGUGCCGUACAAGCCGCAGCGCUUCCUGCGCGCUGCGACGCGCGGCGUCUCGCCGGGCGACUUCGUCUGUUUGCUCGGGUUCCCGGGCUCGACGAUGCGGUACGCGCCGGCGUCGCGGCUGGCGUACUCGGACCAGGUGGCGGUGCCCCAGCUGGUGGCGGUGCCCCAGCUGGUCUCCGACUUCGGGGCGAAGCUGCGGCUCAUCGCGCAGCACGCCACCGACCGCGCCACCGCGCUCAAGCUCGGCUCGGCCAAGAAGGGGCUCGCCAACGAACACAAGCGGUCGGUGGGCAAGCGGGCUCUCUGCGCCGCGCGGCCAGAGGCGGCGCCGCUGCUCGGCCGCCUCGCCGAGGCGCUGGACGGGAUGCGCGGGGUCUACCACGGGUCCACGCUGCUGGCGGUCGGGCACGCGGUGCACGAGGCGGCGGUGGAGGCGGCGAAGCCGGACGGCGAGCGCGAGACGGCGUACCGCGCGCGCAACCUGCCCUUCCUCGUCAAGCGUCUCGCCAAGCGGCUCUCGGACCUGCACCCCCCUCACGAGGCUGCGCUGCUGCGCCGCGCGUGCAGCACCGCCGCCAAGCUGCCUCUCGGCCUGCUGCCCGACCACCUCGCUGCACUCGAGGCGACGGCGGUGGCGCUCGAGGGCGGCGCGGCGGCGCUGCCCGCCCUCGCGACUCUCGCGGCCGACGACCUCGAGAAGCUUCUCUCCGGGGGCGGAGACCUCGCGCUGCUCUCGGAGCGCGACCAGCUGACCGCAAAGCUGCUCGAGCUGCAGAAGAGCGUCGCCACCGACGAGGCCUUCUAUCCGGACGCGAACGGCUGCCUCCGCCUCUCGGCCGGCCACGUGGAGGGGUACUCUGCCGCGGACGCGGUGCAGCACACGCCCGUGACCACGCUCGGCGGGCUGGUGGACAAGCACCUUGAGGCCAAGCUCAGCGGCGCGGGCGAGGCGGUCGCCGACCUGGUCAAGGGCGAGGGCGGAGACUUCGACUGCCCGCAGCGGCUGGUGGACCUCUGCGCCGCAGACACGGCCGUGGCGGCGACGCCGUGCUGCGUGUGCUACUCGACAGACACGGUCGGAGGCAACAGCGGCUCGCCCGUGCUCGACGCCAACGGCGACUUCGUCGCCAUCAACUUUGACCGCCAGCGGCUCGGGCUGAUGAACGAGUUUAAGUGGAGCGCGGAGUACUCCCGCUCGAUCGGCACCGACGUGCGGUACAUCCUGCUGCUCGUCGGCCAGUACGACGGCGCGCAGUGGCUUGUCGACGAGAUGGUCGGCUGAGAGGAUCUGUUGCGGCGGUGGCACUCGCUUCUGGCAGGCUGGGCCUAUGGCUUGUGAUCGGUAAGCGCAGCCAACUCCGCCGCCCUGCCGGGACAUGCCGAAAAUGUUGCAGGCUUUUCUUUCAUGCAAAAUAAUUAACUGGG